GCCUCAUCUUCUUCGUCCUCUACACCUGGCCGCUCGUGCACACUGACACGUGGGCACAGAAGGAAUCUUUGGAGAUAGCGUCGUGGGCAUUCCUCUUCUCGCCACCCAAAGGAUCCCGACUAACGACUCGACUCCUUCAACUCCAAGCUUCGCCCAACAUGCCACACGUGCAGGUCAUCAACGAGACGCAGCUACCCUUGCACAUAUCUCUUCGGCAGAUCUCGCCACUGCAUUACCAGAAUAACGUGCUUCCUGGGAACAAGGCUGAUUUCCAUUGUGGUCGGGUAUGGUUCACCAUCGAAGCGCGGAUAGAUAGGGGAGGAGACAAUGAUGGUAGUUACAGCAAGUUUGAGACUUUUGCCGCUCCUGUCGCCGUGACGUUGACGGUGCUAAGUCUGGGUGCUGGCGCGGUGUACGUGGCGGCAGCAGGAGGAGCGAGUGCUGCAUUUGCCAGCGUAAGCGCAAGAGUGGGAGCUGCUGCCGCUUCCCACGCACCCACUGCCAGGAGACUGUACAAGUACGCCAGGAAAGGUCAGCGCGUGGUGCAGAUAGGUCAGGUCUUGGGCAUCGGCGGUGGCGCCAUCGCCGGAAAGAGGCUGGCAGAAAAGGAGACUCCUUCAGCAGAGCAGGAAGGCCGACAGAAGCCUCACACGGGCGUGUCCAGCAAAGUGCAGGAUGAGGGAGAACAGAAAAGUCAAGGACUGCUGGGAGGACUGCUGGACUGGGACGAGAAGAAACGAGUCAAGGAAGCUAAAAAGGUCCUCAAGGGCCUGCUCGAGGGAAGCGUGGUCAGCUCUGCGGGCUGGUAUAUGGGCGGCGAUCGAGUAAUCCGCAUCAAAGGCGGUCCUCGUGCAACCCAGCUGGAAGACAUCUUGGUCAUUGAAACCGACACACUCGAGGACUUUGUCGUGACAGGCGAUGAGGCACCCGCAUCCUCCCUCCACGAAGAGAAUGGCCUGAGUCAGUCCCAGGGAUGGUUCGGAUCGUUCCGCAAGCCGAAACAGGACAAAGGAGUGAAAGGGGCGGCAGGUGCAGAGAAGUCAGCUUGCAGUAUGACGGAGCAGGAUAUCAAAGAUGCUGCCGCGUCACAAAGCGAUCAGAGCGCGGGCGUGGAGACCGAGCCACAGCUUGUGGAGGCUAUGGAUGCCACUUCUCUACAGUCACCGUCGAGCUCUCAUGCGCCUUCUUCGAUCAGCAGUCGAGCCAGCGCUGAAUCUUUGUUCACCAGAGUGAAGCGUUCUAGAGCCGAGCGAGCUGACCGUAUGGCCACGCUGGCAGCGAAACCUGCGGCAGAAGGCCCUAGACGGGAAUUGCAGAGGAGCAGCAAGACGACUGCAGAUGCAGAAAAGGAAGCCGAAGAGAGUGCUGAUGAGGUGCGAGUCUUGAAAGAGAUGGGAUUUACUGAAGAACAAGUGCAACGUGCCAUCAAAGCGACUGGCCGGCCUGAGGAUGCCGCAUUAGCGGAGAAAGAAGCGGACUCUUUGCGAAAAGGAGAUGCGGAUGGACGGACGCAGUCACCACGCCGCACUGGACCACAAAGAUCACCAAGCUGGCGGAGAGCUCUGGCGCUUCAAAGUUGAUCAAAGAAGGUGCGGACAUCUUGACCAAGAAGAGCCAUCAAUGGCUUGCUGCCGAAGAUCCGGCUAAAAGAACAACCGCGAAUGCUAUCGAAGGUGCCAAGCCUCCUCAAAAGAGCUCAACGACAACAUCAGCCAAAAAGUAGACAAGCGCUCAGACGUAUGCCGAGCCGACCCGUACGCUCCCCUUUACAUGUCCCGCUGCUGUCUGCUUAUCGAAGUAUCACAUUAGGGCAUUU